UUAUCGCGCAACGGAGCAGGACUCAGGCAGGGACGUCAGUCGUCUGGUGGUAUUUAGUCACCGAGCAGCAAAAAGUCUUGUGGCAUAAGCUACUUCAGCUAGUGGGUUUCAAGCGACGGCUUGCUGGCAUCUGCUUCUCCUAGUCUACUGAGCGCUUCGUCUUGUGUGAUAAACUCACUUCGAGGAGAAAAAAGGUGCGAAAAGCAAUUGACGCCUAGCUAAGGAAGUCUCAGGUUGCACUUGUGCUGUAUGUGCUGACAAGUGGCCUAGUUACUUGCAAUUGGAUGUUUGAUGGGACGAGGAGCAAAUCAUAGCCUCACCGACGCCACACAACACUAUCGCCCGUGAGAUUGCUACUGCGGAGGCGAUAGAGACUUGGAGAGUGUUGCAAACAGCACAUUUCCCGAACUCCCAAUCUCUGCUGAGGCUGCUGGUCCAUUUCCUGUCAAAUCAUUGGCUUUGUAUAAUAAUACGUGUGCUGCCUGUACUGGUAUUGCGUGCGUUCGAUGAGAAGUAACCUCCACAUCUGUUCCGGCGCCGAUCGAUACACUUCUCUGUAGCAUUUCCCUCCCCGGUCUGAACUCACAGUCAGUCUUGCUCAUCAUCGCUAGUAUUCUCAUCAUGGAAGUCAGACGAGAACUGAGCCUGCGCUACUCCGUUGCAAGAGCAUUGCUCUGUGCGUUGCUGUGUUCGCCGAUGGUGUGCGUUCCCCAGACCGAUGCGCAAGCGACCGCAUCCCCAGCUGUCCACCAGCACGCCAUUGACAUUCUUAUCGCCUACCCCGAGAAGCCCGAUCAUGAGCUGAUCGUGGUGGAGACGGCAAAGCCGGUCACGCUGGUCCGAGGCGAGACAUAUGACCUGGCCUGCCACUUCCAGCCCGAGGUCUCCAGUGAUUGGCAGGUGACGUGGCAACGGCAGGGCAACCCCGUCGACAACUCCUCGGAGACGUACGUCAGCGGAUGGCUGGGCACCGUGUUCGAAGAUUACCAGCUGCGCUUUCAGAACUUCUCCUCGGACGAUGCUGGCUUUUACCAUUGCCAGGCCACUGAUCCUAGCGGAGCGACGCGACAAGUAUCCGCCAUUGUCCAGGUGGUACCAGAGAUCGUGAUGAUGGGACUCGAAAAUGGCCGAGUUGCUGAGUUAUUGGGAGCGAGUACGGAGAUAACCUGUUCAGCGAAAGGAUACCCACCUGCGGCAGUGACAUGGCAGAAAAAUGGAGUUGAAGUCGCCGCUUCAGGCUCCUUGGUGCUCACCAACGUUGCUCGGAGCGAUAACGGCAGCUAUGAGUGUGUGGCAACGAACAACGCUGGCAUCACCCAGGCGCGUGCAGAUGUGGUUGUUGUCGAAAAGCUUGCGUGGAUCGAGUCUCCAGAAUCGCAAGUCACCGUACAACCCAAUCAGCCGCUGACUGUCACCUGCAAAGCCUCGGGUGCACCAGCACCGCGCAUAGAAUGGGGCAGGUUCACCAGCCACUACCAGCGACUGACCGAGUUGGACGGACGCACGACAUUCACCCUCAGCCCAUCCGAGAUACGCAAUGGUGACUCUUACAUCUGCAUGGCGCGCAGCACGUUUAUUUGUUGCCCAGACAAGAACGUACAGACGCCGAUCGUAGCAAAAUUCACCGUUUCCGUGUCGACUUCAGUUGCUCCUACAUUCGCAUCACAGGACACUGACUGCUGGCAGAACGCCGACUGCAGCUCCGCUGACCCACUCCUACACUGGCGCAGCAGCGGCCUACUCACACUGGUACUGUCAGUCGUAUUGCUCACUGGACGCUGUCUCUAGAAACGAGAUACCGCUCACCUUAUCCAGUGACCCUUGACUACAUCUCGAUGUCAGAAUCCUACAGCCAUGUCACCACACUGGGCAUUCGGGUGCCAUGUUCUGGACAUACAAAGUACCGCACACACUGUGGUCACAGGCUAUCUCAGUACACGGCUGCAUGCGGCAUGAACAGUGUGUCCGUGUUCUGAAAAUACGUGCACCCGGUGAAUGUAUACAUGUGUGUUUUGCCAUUGUCUCCGUUCCCUGUCAGAAGACACAACUGGUCACGUGUGUCCACCAGUUUCAAAGACGUAAUAUUGCUCCUACAUGUAGAUAUCCUGCUGGACCAUGCACAGUGUCGACUUUCUGGGAAAUAAUUGUGAGGCAUGGACUUGAGUGACAAUAUUUUACUGAAUUUUCUAUAUCCCUAUUUUACAAUGCUGCUCCCAUUCUCUGUGCUGCGAGCCUUAUCCUGACUUUCCAUGACUGUCAAAGCAAUCGGACUAUUCUGUUUCAGCCACAGAAUUUUAUUGAUCCAUAUUGAAUUAUGUUAGUACACUUUA